AUGGUCAGAACCUCUUCUCUCACACCCAGAAGCAAAUUCUUCGUGAGAAAGCACAGAAAAUGGCCAGUCUCACCCUACAACACCAAAUGGCACAAACUCUUCAACCAACACCAAGCCUUACAAACCCUCAAACACUCCCCACUAAACCCACCCCAAACUCUUCUCUCCACACUCAUCCACUCCUUCAACACUUUCAACUGUGACCCAACUCCUGAAGCUUACAACUUUGUCCUAAAAACCCUCUUUAAAACCUCCCAACUCUCCCACAUCCCAUCUGUUCUUGACCGCCUUGAAUCCAUCGAGAAAUUCCACCCACCCGAAUCCAUCUUCGCCAACCUGAUCAGAUUCUACGGCAGUGCCAAUCGAGUUGAGGAUGCCAUUGAUGUUUUCUGCAGGAUACCCAAGUUUAGAUGUGACCCUUCUGCGGUCUCACUCAACUCUCUGCUAUAUGUGCUUUGUGGAAGUAGUGAAGGUCUUAAAAUGGUGCCCCAGGUUUUGAUGAACAGCAGAGCAAUGGGAAUUAGGCUUGAAGAGUCGAGCUUUCGGAUUUUGAUCUCUGCAUUGUGUAGAAUUGGAAGUGUUGGGUAUGCUAUUGAGAUAAUGAAAUGCAUGAUUAGUAAUGGGUAUGAUUUGGAUGUGAAGAUUUGCUCUUUGGUAUUGUCAUCAUUGUGUGAGCAAAAAGGUGUAGGUGGUUUGGAGGUUGUGGGUUUUGUGGAGGAGAUGAAGAAGGUUGGGUUUUGUCCUGGGAUGUUGGACUAUUCCAAUGUGAUUAGGUGUUUGGUGAAACAGGGGAAGGGUUUGGAUGCUUUGAGAGUUUUGUGUAAGAUGAAAGUCGAGGGGAUGAAGCCUGAUAUUGUGUGUUAUACCAUGGUUUUGUAUGGUGUUAUCGCAAAUGGGGAUUACAAGAAUGCAGAUAAGGUGUUUGAUGAGUUGCUUGUGUUGGGUUUGGUUCCUGAUGUUUAUACUUACAAUGUGUAUAUAAAUGGGUUGUGUAACCAGAAUAAUGUGGAAGCUGGGAUAAAGAUGAUUACUUGUAUGGACGAGUUGGGGUGUAGGCCGAAUUUGAUUACUUAUAACUUGUUGUUGAAGGCAUUGUGUAAGAAUGAGGAACUGAGUCGGGCAAGGGAGCUUGUGAGUGAGAUGACCUUGAAUGGUGUUGGGGUAAACUUGCAGACACAUAUAAUUAUGUUGGAUGGUCUGUUUUGUAAAGGUGAUGUUGAUGAAGCCUGUAUUUUUAUGGAGGAAAUGUUGGAUAAGUUUAUGUGUCGACGUUGUUCGGCAUAUGAUGAUGUAAUCUAUGGGUUGUGCCAGAGGGGUUUGGUUUGUAAAGCGAUGGAUUUGCUGCUGAAAAUGGUUGACAAGAAUGUUGUGCCUGGGGCAAGAGCUUGGGAAGCACUACUCCUUAGCUCAGGAACUGGACCUUGCUUAGUAGAGAAUACUUGGACCAAUUUGGUGAACCCAAUGGAAGUCGAUUGA